AUGCCCCUGUCCCUGGGAGCCGAGAUGUGGGGCCCUGAAGCCUGGCUGCUGCUGUUGUUCCUGGCAUCGUUUACAGGCCGAUGCCCGGCGGGUGAGCUAGAGACCUCGGACGUAGUGACGGUGGUGCUGGGCCAGGACGCAAAAUUGCCCUGCUUCUACCGAGGGGAUCCGGAAGAGCAGGUGGGGCAAGUGGCAUGGGCUCGGGUGGACCCAAACGAGGGCACUCGGGAGCUGGCCCUACUGCACUCCAAAUAUGGGCUUCAUGUGAGCCCCGCCUAUGAGGACCGCGUGGAACAACCACCGCCCCCACGAGACCCUCUGGACGGCUCCGUGCUCCUGCGCAACGCUGUGCAAGCAGAUGAGGGCGAGUACGAGUGCAGAGUCAGCACUUUCCCCGCGGGCAGCUUCCAGGCACGGAUGCGGCUCCGUGUUCUGGUGCCUCCCCUGCCUUCACUGAAUCCUGGUCCACCACUAGAAGAGGGCCAGGGCCUGACAUUGGCAGCCUCUUGCACUGCAGAGGGCAGCCCAGCUCCCACUGUGACCUGGGACACGGAAGUCAAAGGUACUCAGGCCAGCCGCUCCUUCAAGCACUCCCGCUCAGCUGCUGUCACUUCAGAGUUCCACCUGGUUCCUAGCCGAAGCAUGAAUGGGCAGCCACUUACCUGUGUGGUGUCUCACCCUGGCCUGCUCCAGGACCAGAGAAUCACCCACACCCUCCAAGUGGCCUUCCUUGCAGAGGCCUCUGUGAGGGGCCUUGAGGACCAAAACUUGUGGCAUGUUGGCCGAGAAGGAGCUACACUCAAAUGCCUGAGUGAAGGACAGCCCCCUCCCUCGUUCAACUGGACGCGGCUGGAUGGACCUCUGCCUAGUGGGGUACGAGUGAAGGGGGACACUCUGGGCUUUCCCCCACUGACCACUGAGCACAGUGGCAUCUACGUCUGCCACGUCAGCAAUGAACUUUCUUCGAGGGACUCUCAGGUCACCGUGGAGGUUCUUGACCCUCAAGAUUCAGGAAAGCAAGUGGACCUAGUGUCGGCCUCAGUGGUGGUAGUGGGCGUGAUUGCUGCACUCUUGUUCUGCCUCCUGGUGGUGGUGGUGGUACUCAUGUCCCGGUAUCACCGACGGAAAGCACAGCAGAUGACCCAGAAAUACGAGGAGGAGCUGACUCUGACCAGGGAGAACUCCAUCCGAAGGCUGCAUUCUCACCAUACAGACCCUAGGAGCCAGCCGGAGGAGAGUGUAGGGCUGAGAGCGGAGGGCCACCCUGAUAGUCUCAAGGACAACAGUAGCUGCUCUGUGAUGAGUGAAGAGCCAGAGGGCCGUAGCUACUCCACGUUGACCACAGUGAGAGAGAUUGAAACACAGACUGAACUACUGUCUCCGGGCUCGGGGCGGACAGAAGAGGAGGAUGAUCAGGAUGAAGGCAUCAAACAGGCCAUGAACCAUUUUGUCCAGGAGAAUGGGACCCUGAGGGCCAAACCUACAGGCAAUGGCAUCUACAUCAACGGGCGAGGGCACCUGGUCUGA